AUGGGGGCUGGUCCGCCCGCAUCUUGCGUACGCUCAGCGUACCAACACAGACGACCAAACAACUAUACCACCGCACCUGUCCACACACGUACCUCGUCUGCUCAUACGUACGUGAUCUCAAUCACGCCAAGGAACACUCCUGCCCACACAUGCAGACGUAAAGACGCACGCGCACACACGCACGCAGACCCAAUCUCUCCUCCCGCUUCGUCGCCGCCGUGCUGGCACCUCGUUUCGCGGAGCACCAUCUCACUCUCGACCCUAAGCUAUGGCCCAGAAGAAACCCCUUACGGACGAAGAGCUGCUCGCCCAGUUCGAGACGCUCGAAGAAUCCACGUCCAAGUCCUCCUCGUCCAAGCAGACGCAGAAGCCGAAAUCCACUGCAGCUGCACCGCCCGCGGACGACCCUCUGGCCGAGUUGGAGUCUCUCGCCAAAGCCAGACCAAGCUCCAGGCCCAGCACUCCAAAGGUGUCCCUAGGUCAACAGCGUAGUGUUGGAGCUUCGGCAGCCGCAGCGACCCCCGGAUCGACUCCAGCAGGCUCGACCAGAAACAGCGAGGACAACAAGGCACGCGCACCACCCAGAAAGAGCGGCGAGAGCACCAGGAGCUUCCACCAGGGACUUACGCCCACAGCCGAGGAAGAGAGGCAGGCACAGCAGCAGCAAGACGAGAAAGACUCUUCAACCAAGUCGGCGAGUGAGCAGCCGAACAAAAGCGGAGGCGGAUGGGGAGGAUGGUUCAGUGGCAUCACGGCCACAGCAACCGCGGCCGUCAAGCAGGCCGAAGCGUACGCGAAAGAGAUUCAGAAGAACGAAGAGGCACAAAAAUGGACGGAACAGCUGAGAGGCCGAGUGGGUGAUCUUAAAGGUCUAGGAGGUGACCUUCGUACACGCGCGCUGCCCACCUUCGCUAGCAUCAUUAACACCAUCGCCCCGCCCAUCUCGCAGCACGAACGCCUACAAAUCCACAUCACUCACGACCUGGUCGGCUACCCGUCGCUAGACCCUACCAUCUACGCCGUCUUUUCGCGCGUCAUGUCACAGGUCGAGGGCGGCGACCUGCUCGUCAUUCAGCGCGGUUCAGAGUCGUCGCAGCGGCGCGCAUCCGAUGCUGCAUUCCGUGGAGGAUCCAGCGGCUGGAACGACGGGCCGUGGUGGCGCGACGGCCAUGUGCGCCGUGACAUGGGCAUCGUGGCCGGUCUGCGCGAGGGCACAAAGCUGGCGCGCGUCAGCGCCGAGGCGUACGCGAAAGAGUUCUUCGACGCCCGCGGCGGCCUCCAGAAGGCUGCAGAGCAGGCCACCAAGAUCCUCAGCGACACCAACCCUGUCCGCAGCAGUGACGUCUUCCUCGCCAUUCAGCCGGUUGGCUACGAGCUCGACGACAGCUUGUACGAGGGACCGCCUGAGGAGAGGACUGAGGCUGGCGGCGUGCAGGACGAAAAUGAGCGCGAUGAACUCGUCGCCUUCGCCGUGUACUUGUACGACCCUGUGCACGCCCUCGCCUUCAAGUCGCUCUCCCAGGGCUUUCCCCGCAAAUGGGCUGAAUGGCUCGAUGCCGAGAACGUGCCCGACGGUGACAUGCAGUUGCCCGAAGAGAUCAUCGAGAUCAUAAACAGCGGUGGCGUCGACCCACGCGAGUGGGUCGCUGAAUGGGUCGAGGAGAUCAUCUCGCAGGUCACGGGAGUCGUUGCCCAGCGUUAUGUCGCCCGCAGAAUGGGUGUCGGCGAGGGCGGUAUCGGUCGCGGCAAGGCCAGGCAGGAGUUUGACGAGGCCGCGGCCGGCGAGGCGGCACGCGCUGGCGUCAUAUAACUUGGCCCCUCUCCCACCUCCUCGUGCGUGCUAAUGAGAGCAGGCUCUCGCCAUCUGCCUCUUCAUCGGGAACGGAGUUGUGAAGUCUUCUCCUCACCUUGGAUAUUCUCAUGUACUUGUAGCUAACCACUAGCAUUUUUCUUGGGUAUCGUCUUGCGAAAUAUAGCAGCUCGCUCGGGUGUCUCCCACCUAUUUCCAAAACGCCUGUCGCUAUGCCCUUUUGAUUUCCCUUGUUUCUUCUUUUUUUUUUUCUCGGAAAACGUGAAGAGAAAAACUAUAAAAAUAUGAUCCAAAGCUUCUCUUCUGUCA